AUCAAACUGCAUAGCAGAUCAUCAGGAGCAGUCAGUUUCCGGGCAAUCCGGGUGAUGGAAGAAAAGGCAGGUGAUUUUAUUAGUAGGUUACCUGAUGAGAUUCUUUUCUACAUAAUCUCUUUACUCCCUUUCGAAUCUGCAAUUCAGACAAUUUUCCUUUCGAAUCGAUGGAGAUUUCUUUGGAACAUGGCUCUAGUGCAGCAUGGAACCAAAGAAGAUGUUGUCAGUGCAGUUUCUGGCUUCCUGACAAACUUCAAUGAGCAGGAUCCGGUCAGGAACACUCGAAGGCUUCAGUUCCAUUUUGGCAAUGAUAGUGUGCUCUCAGCCACUAUUGCACCUAAAAAUAAGCUUCACCUGGAUUUCUCUAAUGGGAACCGGGAAUUUCCUCUGAGGUUUGGGUGGCAGCUACGGUUAAACCCUCAAAACCUUCUGCAGCCUACUCCUUCUUCCUUCUUUGUCAGGACACUUUACCUGAUAUCAGUAAACCACCUUAGCAGUGAAGCAGUUUCUGCUAUGGUUUCGAGCUUUCAGUUUCUUGAGGAGUUGAAAAUCAUUCAAUGCAAUGGAUUGGAAUCCUUGAGUAUUGAUUCGAAUAAAAAGCUUCUAAGUUUAACCAUUUUUGAUUGUCCACUGUUGAAGUCUCUCCAUGUUAGAUGCUACAAACUUAGGACUUUCUUGUUCCGAGGGAUGCUUCCUUGGCUUUGGCCUGAGUAUCAUUUCAACCUGGCAAAUGCCAUGUUCGAUUCCCGGCAAGGGCCUAACUAUGACAGCUUCAGGGUUUCUGAAUUUGAUCCUGUCCUGUUAACCAUAAAGAAUUCUGAGAUUCUUACACUUUGUAGAUGGACUUUUGAGGCAUUGAUCUGUCCAUCACUUUCAUCUUUUAAAACAGGCUUUCAAUUCUACAAACUAAGAGAGCUCUGGUGGAUAGAUAAUCAAGAUCAAGGAUUCAACAUUGAUGCUUUAAUCUCCUUCCUGAAACUCUGUCCUUCCUUAGAGAGGCUGUUUGUAACUAUUGAUCCUAGAAGCGAUAGUAUACCACAUGAAGCCCGGUGUUCAAACGAAGUAGGCAAACAAAACCAAUUGGCAGGGCUCAAAGUGGUGAAACUGGAGGGUUUUACCAAUCCGGAAGCUGAGAUCUUACUUGCUGAGCGUUUACAAGAAGUUGUUACAGUGGACCCAACGAUUCUGACAAAGUCAGAUGGAAUUUGUUUUCGGAGUUUGGUUAAGGUUCCUUCAUACCAUCCAAUGGAUCCUCCACCAGAGUCACUGGAAAGAAAGUACAUUUACAAGUAUACUGCAGUGGAAAAUACAAACGAGUCAUGCCUCAACCAUGCUCAUAUGAGUCUGUAGCUCUAUUGAAGCUGCAGUAGUUAAACGGAAAAAUAGGAAUAAAGAUUAAUAAACAUGAUCAUACAGAUCAUAUCUUUUUCCUUGUCUUGUUGGAAAUUUGUCCAUGCAUUGACGUUCUGACUUCCAAUCCAUUUUCAUUACAUUGUCAGAAUACUCCAAAGGCCUAAAAAUAUCCGUGUCAUUUUUUAUCUUCUUGGUAAUCAAUUAGUCAAAAUCGA